UGGGGAAGUAGAUAGAAUGAGUUUAAUCACAUACCUGGAAAAGUCAAUGGCAAAGAUAAAGUCUCAAUUUUUGUCAUUCUGGAGAGGGUAAAAUACAGGUGCACUUAACAAAGCAACAGAUUAUGAGUUAGAACUGUGGAAAUUCCUUCCUGGUGUCUAAGUGUAUGCAAUUUGGUUUAUUCCUUUGCUUUACUUUUCUCUACUAUUCCAAUCAAGAAUAAUAAAAUUUAAAUGUUUCUAAAACCCACUUUAAGUUACCAGGAAAAAAGGAUGACAUUGAAAUGCAAAGCAAAGCUGUAAAAACUUGCUGGACACAUAUAUUAAUUUAAAGACACGUUCUUAUCUUUCUGUUACUAUGGAACGUACAUUUUAUGUGUACUGUAUUUGGGUGACCACAAGUCAACAAUAAGGUAACUUACAAGUAAAUGCCACUUUUGCCUGAGAUACGGAGGCAAUGACGUAGUCAAGCCAAAAUUUUUACUUUCGUUUGAAUUUUUCAAUUCAAACUCAACGUGCACUUACUUUUACGCCAUGGAGUUGGGGAAUUUAAGUCUUGGCUCUUUAAACACCGUCAGACCGGCGGCGCACAAUCCUCACACCAAAACCUUGGAGGAAGGCUCCCACGCCUGGGAAAGUCUAACUGCCCUCCAAGUUGAAGGUGACGUUUAUCUGACUCAGGUCAAAAUUAACAGCCUGCGCUGGCUCCAAAGACUGUUCGGAUUCUUCUCAGCUGAGUGGUCAAGACGUUUCGCGGCGUGAGGCUGGGGGAUCUAGAGGAGGGCGGGUUAGUUUACACCGUGUCUACUUGUCAUUCUCGCUAAGACACACGAAAGCCUUCCUGAAAAACGCACCGGACUCAAAAACGAACAAAUCCUGGGCAGGUAAAGGACAAAGCAGCCUCCUCUCUCACCUCCGUGUAAGGUUUUCUCUCUCCCUACGGUGCCUCCGACUGUGUCCGCGCCCUACGCGGAGCUCCCCUGAGCCCGAAACUGACGCGGCUGGGCUGUCCCCUCUGACACGCACCGGAGCGCGGAGGGGACCGCAGCAGACAGGCGCUGCCACCCAACUUUCCGGCUCUCUAAGGCUGUGUUUUUCACACAUGAAAGACAUAUUUUCCUUCUCUUUCCAAAAUGCACCUUGCAAACGUAACAUGAACCCGGCUGGAAUCUCGCGGCGAGAGCAGCAGGAGGAGGAAGGAAGGCUCGAGGAAGCCGGCGCAGCUGUCGUGGGGCUGGCGGAACCGGCGCGUGGGAGGUCCCGGAGGAUCCCCCCGGGGGCUGGUUCUGCAGCCGCCGGUGGCCCCUGUGUCACCGAGUGUCGCAGGCUGGGUCUGGAGAGCCCUGGUGACUGUCGUCCACCUGCUGGCCGGGCUGGUGCCGGACCCUGGACCAGACCAAUUUUGAGGAAAGGGUACAGACAGCGCCUGGAGUUGUCAGACAUUUACCAAAUUCCUUCUGCUGAUUCAGCUGACAAUCUAUCUGAAAAACUGGAAAGAGAAUGGGAUAGAGAGCUGGCUUCAAAGAAAAAUCCCAAACUCAUUAAUGCCCUUCGGCGAUGCUUUUUCUGGAGAUUUAUGUUCUAUGGAAUCUUAUUGUAUUUAGGGGAGGUCACCAAAGCAGUACAACCUCUCUUACUGGGAAGAAUCAUAGCUUCCUAUGAUCCAGACAACAAGGCGGAGCGUUCCAUAGCAAUCUAUCUAGGCAUAGGCUUAUGCCUUCUCUUUGUCGUGAGGACACUGCUCCUACACCCAGCCAUUUUUGGCCUCCAUCACAUUGGAAUGCAGAUGAGAAUAGCUAUGUUUAGUUUGAUUUAUAAGAAGAUUUUAAAGCUGUCAAGCCGUGUUCUAGAUAAAAUAAGUAUUGGACAGCUUGUAAGUCUCCUUUCCAACAACCUGAACAAAUUUGAUGAAGGACUUGCAUUGGCUCAUUUCGUGUGGAUCGCCCCUUUGCAAGUAACGCUUCUGAUGGGGCUGCUGUGGGAAUUGCUACAGGCCUCUGCCUUCUGUGGACUUGGGUUCCUCAUAGUCCUCGCCCUUGUUCAAGCUGGAUUAGGGAGAAUGAUGAUGAAGUACAGAGAUCAGAGAGCAGGGAAGAUCAAUGAAAGACUGGUGAUAACCUCAGAAAUGAUUGAAAAUAUCCAGUCUGUUAAGGCAUACUGCUGGGAGGAAGCAAUGGAAAAAAUGAUUGAAAACCUAAGACAAACAGAACUGAAACUGACCCGGAAGGCAGCCUAUGUGAGAUACUUCAAUAGCUCAGCCUUCUUCUUCUCAGGGUUCUUUGUGGUGUUUUUAUCUGUGCUUCCUUAUGCACUGAUCAAAGGAAUAAUCCUUCGAAAAAUAUUCACAACCAUCUCAUUCUGCAUCGUCUUGCGUAUGGCUGUCACUCGGCAGUUCCCCUGGGCUGUUCAAACAUGGUAUGACUCUCUUGGAGCAAUAAACAAAAUACAGGACUUUUUACAAAAGCAAGAGUAUAAGACCUUGGAAUAUAACUUAACGACUACAGAAGUUGUGAUGGAAAAUGUAACAGCCUUCUGGGAGGAGGGGAUUGGAGAAUUAUUUGAGAAAGCAAAACAAAACAAUGACAAAAGGAAAAUUUCCAGUGGUGAUAACAGCCUCUUCUUCAGUAAUUUAGCGCUUCUUGGUACUCCUGUCCUAAAAGAUAUCAAUUUCAAGAUAGAAAGGGGACAGUUGUUGGCGGUGGCUGGAUCUACUGGAGCAGGCAAGACUUCACUUCUAAUGAUGAUUAUGGGAGAACUGGAGCCUUCGGAGGGUAAAAUUAAGCACAGUGGAAGAAUUUCAUUCUGCUCUCAGUUUUCCUGGAUCAUGCCUGGCACCAUUAAAGAAAACAUUAUCUUUGGUGUUUCCUAUGAUGAGUAUAGAUACAGGAGUGUCAUCAAAGCAUGCCAACUGGAAGAGGAUAUCUCCAAGUUUGCAGAGAAAGACAACAUAGUUCUUGGAGAAGGCGGAAUCACACUGAGUGGAGGUCAGCGAGCAAGGAUUUCUUUAGCGAGAGCAGUAUAUAAAGAUGCUGACUUGUACCUUUUAGACUCUCCUUUUGGAUACCUAGAUGUUUUAACAGAAAAAGAAAUAUUUGAAAGCUGUGUCUGUAGACUGAUGGCUAACAAAACUAGGAUUUUGGUCACUUCUAAAAUGGAACAUUUAAAGAGAGCUGACAAAAUAUUGAUUUUACACGAAGGUAGCAGCUAUUUUUAUGGCACAUUUUCUGAACUACAAAAUCUACGUCCGGACUUUAGCUCAAAGCUCAUGGGGUUUGAUUCUUUUGACCAGUUUAGUGCAGAAAGAAGAAAUUCCAUCCUCACUGAGACUCUGCGCCGUUUCUCAUUAGAAGGAGACGCCUCUGUCUCCCGGAACGAGAUGAAAAAACAAUCUUUUAAACAGACUGGAGAGCUUGGAGAAAAAAGGAAGAAUUCUAUUCUCAAUCCAAUCAACUCUAUACGGAAAUUUUCUGUUGUACAGAAGACUCCACUACAAAUGAAUGGCAUUGAUGAGGAGGACUCGGAGGAGCCCGUGGAGAGACGGCUGUCCUUGGUGCCUGACUCCGAGCAGGGCGAGGCCAUUCUGCCUCGAAGCAACGUGAUCAACGCCGGCCCCACGUUUCAGGGACGCAGGAGGCAGUCUGUGUUGAACCUGAUGACACAUUCAGUCACCCAAGGUCAAAGCGUUCACCAAAAGACCACAGCCUCCACACGUAAAAUGUCACUGGCCCCUCAGGCAAAUCUGACGGAAAUGGAUAUAUAUUCAAGACGGUUAUCUCAGGAAAGUAGCUUGGAAAUAAGUGAAGAAAUUAAUGAAGAAUAUUUAAAGGAGUGCUUUUGUGAUGAUGUGGAGAACAUUCCAGCAGUGACUACCUGGAACACAUACCUUAGAUACGUAGCUGUCAACAAGAGCUUAAUUUUUGUACUAAUUUGGUGCUUAGUUAUUUUUCUGGCUGAGGUGGCGAUUUCUUUGGUGGUGUUGUGGCUACUUGGAAAUACCCCUCCUCACAACAAAGGGAACGGCACCGCGAGUGGGAACGGCAGCUACGCAGUGAUCAUCACCAGCACCAGCUCCUACUACUUGUUUUACAUUUACGUGGGAGUAGCUGACACUUUGCUUGCUCUGGGCUUCUUCAGAGGUCUACCCCUAGUGCAUACUCUCAUCACGGUGUCAAAAAUUUUACACCACAAAAUGUUACAUUCUGUUCUUCGAGCACCUAUGUCAACGCUCAACAUGUUAAAAGCAGGUGGGAUUCUGAAUAGAUUCUCCAAAGACAUAGCAAUCUUGGAUGACCUUCUGCCUCUUACCGUAUUUGACUUCAUCCAGUUGUUACUAAUCGUGAUCGGAGCUGUGGCAGUUGUCUCAGUUUUGCAACCUUACAUCUUCCUUGCCACGGUGCCAGUGAUAGCGGCUUUUAUCAUGUUGAGAGGAUACUUCCUGCACACCUCACAGCAGCUCAAACAACUGGAAUCUGAAGGCAGGAGUCCAAUUUUCACUCAUCUUGUUACAAGUUUAAAAGGACUAUGGACACUUCGUGCCUUUGGACGUCAGCCUUACUUUGAAACUCUUUUCCACAAAGCUCUGAAUCUACAUACUGCCAACUGGUUCUUGUACCUGUCAACCCUGCGCUGGUUCCAAAUGCGAAUAGAAAUGAUUUUUGUCGUCUUCUUCAUUGCUGUUACCUUCAUUUCCAUUUUAACAACAGGUGAAGGAGAAGGAACUGUUGGUAUUAUUCUAACUUUAGCCAUGAAUAUCAUGGGGACGUUGCAGUGGGCUGUAAACUCCAGCAUAGAUGUGGAUAGCUUGAUGCGAUCUGUGAGCCGAGUCUUUAAGUUUAUUGAUAUGCCAACAGAAGAAGGUAGAUCUACCAAGUCAAUCAAACCAUCCAAGGAUUGCCAGCUCUCGAAAGUUAUGAUUUUUGAGAAUCUACAUGUGAAGAAAGAUGAUGUCUGGCCUUCAGGAGGCCAAAUGACCGUCAAAGACCUCACAGCAAGAUAUAUAGACAGUGGGAAUGCCAUAUUAGAGAACAUUUCCUUCUCAAUAAGUCCUGGCCAGAGGGUGGGCCUCCUGGGAAGAACUGGAGCGGGAAAGAGUACUUUGUUGUCUGCUUUUUUGAGACUCCUGAACACUGAAGGAGAUAUCCAGAUUGAUGGUGUGUCUUGGGAUUCAAUAACUUUGCAACAGUGGAGGAAAGCCUUUGGAGUGAUACCGCAGAAAGUGUUUAUCUUUUCUGGAACAUUUAGAAAAAACUUGGAUCCUUAUGAACAAUGGAGUGAUCAAGAAAUAUGGAAAGUUGCAGAUGAGGUUGGACUCAGAUCCGUGAUAGAACAGUUUCCUGGAAAGCUUGAUUUUGUCCUUGUGGACGGAGGCUAUGUUUUAAGCCAUGGCCACAAGCAGCUGAUGUGCUUGGCCAGAUCUGUUCUCAGUAAGGCAAAGAUCUUACUGCUUGAUGAACCCAGUGCUCAUUUGGAUCCGAUAACAUAUCAGAUAAUCAGAAGAACUCUAAAACAAGCAUUUGCUGACUGCACAGUAAUCCUUUGCGAACACAGGAUAGAAGCAAUGUUGGAAUGUCAAGGGUUUUUAGUCAUAGAGGAGAACAGAGUGCGGCAGUAUGACUCCAUCCAGAAACUGCUGAGCGAGAAGAACCUCUUCCGACAGGCCAUCAGCCCCUCGGACAGGAUGAAGCUCUUCCCCCGCCGGAACUCCAGCAAGCACAAGGCUCGAUCCCCAAUCACCGCCCUGAAGGAGGAGACAGAAGAAGAGGUGCAAGAGACCAGGCUGUAGGGGGCAGCGCGGAUGUUCACAUGGGACACUGGCUCAUGGGGUCAGAGAAGGAACAGCAGCCUCUGCCUCAGAAGACAAGGAUGAAUGAUGUCUAAAAAGAAAAAACAAGGAAACGUUUUGGUAGGAAGAACUGAGGACAUUGAGGACGUCCUUAUGGGAUAAAUGGCUUUCUGGCAAUGGCUGAGUGAAUGUGAAAGGUACUUCAAGUCCUUGAAGAUUUGCCACUUCUGUUUUGCAAAUCAGAUUUUCCUGAAAACCCUUGCCCUUUGGUCCUAGUUGGAAAGGCAGCUACAAAUGUUAAUCAGCUUAGUUGUUCAGUUUAUUGUUUAGAGAAACUUGUUAAUUUGUACUAUUGGAGAAGAACUGAAAUCAUACUACCUACUACUUAGAGUUAUGAUUAAAGAAUGGUAACUGGGCCCAUUAGCAUAAACCUUUAUAUAAAUUUAUAUCCCUUUUCUCUCCUCUCCCAAAGGUAUGUAGAAACACAGCUAUAUUUUUUGUUAAACAUUCUGACUGUCUUGUUUCCAAGCAAGUAUUAGAAUCACAAGACAGCCAUCAAAAUAUACCACGUUCAACAUCUAGUGAUCAGUUAGGAAAGAGAACUUCCAGGUCCUGGGUUAGGACCUCCAGCUCUAGCAAAAAUCUGAAUAAUUCAGAUAAUCAGAGUAUACCACUUCCCUGGGAAGGGGGCUGGUACAGUCUCAGAAAGGGAACAGGAUAGCUUACUUGAUGUGGAAGGUGUAACAUGCCUUUCCCCAGCCUCCUGAAUGUGACAAGCUCCUAAGACCCCUCACUGGAAGACGGCUGGAAAAGUGUUAGUGCAGAUUGGUGCAGGUAACCCUUGUUACCACAGACGCUUCAGGUAGAUGUGCAUGCAAUCCACACAUCUAGCACAGGGCCAUGACGGUGGCGUGUUUUCAGGCCAGUUAGUCACGCUUCAUACUGUCUACGCUGCGUGGGGAGAGAAUGGGAGACACCCUGAGGAGAGUCGAUCAUGAAUUAGUUUUAUAUGCUUCUGUUGUAUAAUUUUGUAAUGCACAAUAAUUUUCUCUAGGAAAUAUUUAUUUUAACAACGUUUCAAACUCAUAGGAAAAUUCUGUAUUUUAACAAUGAUUAUAUUAUGGAUUAUAUUUGUAUAAAAGAAUUUUUAUAUUUGAAAUGUUGACUUUUUAUGGUACUACCUAUUUUUAUGAUAUACACUGUAUGAUGUUAAAACUGGGUGUGUGUGGGGGAGAACCUAGGGUGAUACUGACCAGGAGCCAUGAAUCACCUCUGUGCUAUAGAGAGCAGUGCUGGGGCUGAUGCAGAGGUUGGCCUCACCUGUAUGAUUCCCGGCCAGCACAUAGGUUUCCUCUUCAAUGCCAUUCUGAAGAAGAUGGUACCCCAAGUCUCAUGGCUCCCCUCAAGGACACACUGCCUUCCCAAUUCCAAAUGUAACCCCUAAAAAGAUUGCAUUAUAUUUAUUACUGUAAGAAAAUAUCACAUGUCAAUAAAAUCCAGAGAUUUGUUUGAAAAA